UUUCUCUCAGAUCCAAUUGCUCACCUCCAAAAGCCCUCCUGCAAGCACUAGGCAUCAUCACAGAGUAUAUGCAGCCCCAGCCUCAGAGGGAAAUGAAUCACCAAACAUGGAACUGGAUAGAGGAUAGAGCAAAUGACAACACUGUGGAAUAAACCACAUUGUGUAUUCUCCUGUCUGCUGCCCUAACUAGUCCUCAUUCUGGAGGUCAGCUGGAUUUCCUGGAAUCUGUAUCCCUAAAGGAGGAAGGAUUUCUUCUGGAUUGUGGCUCCUAAGUCGCUGGACUGGGUUACUACUUCUGAGUGCACAGAGGCCCAGCACUGUGACCUCCAUCAAGGGGCUGCUGAAGACACAGGGCUACCCAAGUCUGAGGCCCAAAUCCUGCCUCGAUAUGGGGAGGAGCCCUGCGGGACAUUGCUGUCACCUGCGGGACACUGCUGUCACCUCUGCUGGAGGCAGGAAGUUGGGCCUGGCCAGUGUAGCAAAAGGCUCACUGAGGCCAUAGUAAGCCCAUCUGGGCCAGAACCUAAUUGUUUCUUAAACAAUGAUGUCACAAGCGGUGGGCCAGGGCAGAAUGUAUAUAGUUGCCAAGGCACUGGCAGUAAGUGGCCAGCAAAAACAUUUCAGCAAGCGUCUUGCUGGAAGCAACUGGCCUAGGUCUUGUUGACCAAGCCUUAUCGUAUGAUGUUUAUAUUGCGCUUUGGGGCACCAAGGUUCAUGUUUUGGCCACAGUUGUGGCUACUGGUCCUGGUAGCCCCACAUCCCGAGUGGGCUCAAUUCCCAGCCCAGAUGGACCCUGAGCUCUUUGAGCAUAACUCUUUGUUUUUUCCUUACAAGCCUCUUCCCUCGGCUCAACCACUCCACACCUUUACUACUCGAGCAGAGCCAGGGGAAAUGGAUUACCCAGGAACCUCUGCACCCGAGAGGAUUUUACUUACACCUGAGGAAUCAACUGGAGAGUCACUGCCGGAUCCAGAUAAGUUUGCUGUUCCACAUCAGGGUCUGCAUGACAAGCUGGUUGGGCCACAGAGGCUCCCAGAGGUGGAUUCAAUGGUAGAUGGGCAUGAGAAUGAACACCUAGCUCUGCCUUCUCAAGUCAGAAGAAAGGAGGAGAUUUCUGCUUCAGAGCAGGCUGCAGACCACCAGUCACAUGUAUUGCGUCUACUACUAGGAAGCAAGAGUUCAACACCAUCAAAGUUUGUUUCACUCCUGAAACUGAAGGAUAUAGCUCAGCACUGGCAACUUCCUAAGGAGGCUUUUGGAGCUGCUCAUCAAUCAGAAUACCCUCAGCUUCAGAAACAAACUGUGGAUCUCAGUAUGGGUAAAGCUGAACAUGACAGCCUACACCUGGGAGAUCUUCAGAAGCCAACUGAGCCUCCACAGCCCUGUGAGCACAAGGAAACAUCCCACUACCAGCUGGAGACCCAGACUAAACAUCUAGAGGCUCCCCAAAUCCAGUCCUCUCUACCUGAGGGAGAAGGCCCUUAUCAAGACUCACAGCCGGCUGAAGAGACUGUACCUUCCUUUAUCCAUCAGGAGGCCCUAGGCCAACAAAAGUUUUUUACCAAGGCAGGUUUAGGUAAGCUGUCAGAGAAUGAAAAGGUCAGUGUUCCAUCCCUAAGGAGCAGUGCAACUCAUCUCCCGCCUUUGCCAAAUUCCAUCCUGAGAUCUGGGGAGAUACCCAAGGAACAAUCUCCAGUACUACAGUCAGCCUCUGCUAAGACACAAGGGCCAACAGUGAAUGAGCUGCCAGUUCCAAUGCCUGGUCAGUAUCCAACUCAGCAUCCGACAUUAACACCUGUCACAAUCCCACCACUAGACAUGUUGCUUAGCACAAGUGAUGAACACACUACAGAGCCUGCACAUUCUGUGGCCCUGCAGAAGGUUACAUUUUAUCCUCGGAAAAAUCUGGACGUGUCAUUUUCACAUCAAGGGGAGGUACGGGCUCAGCAACAAAUCCUUCCUCCUAUCAUCAUUGAGGCUCUGAACCUGGAGCACUCCACAACUCCUCUCCAUACUUCAGAGGUUCAACUCCACCCAUAUUUGCAGACCUCAAUUCAGCUUCCAGAGCCAUCUAUGGAGGCUGAAGCACAAUAUACACUGCAACGUGGAAUGAAAACUCCAACAUCCCUGAGGGAACUUGCAACAUCACCCAGUGUCACGGAACAACCUAUGGACACGGGCCCUAUCCAAAAUCCUAAAGCCACUACCGAGGCUGAACCUUCUGUGGCCCUGAAGGAGGUUACACCUUCUCCUCUGCAGCAUCCUGUGGUGACACUUGCACAGCUAGAGGAGGGGGAGGUUCGGCAACCAAUCCUGACUCCUGGCAUCUCUCAGGCUUUGAAGGGAGAACAGACCAGAACUUCCCCAUCUGCUUCAGCGGUGCCUCUUUCCCCAGCUUUUCCAGAGACCACAUCUUAUCCAGAGCCAUUGAUGGAGGCUUUGGGUCAGCGUAGAGAAUCAUCUCACAGAACAAACCAAAAACCACCGGCUCAAGGUCCAGCUCAGCCUCCACCAUUGACCAGUGGCAUGAUACAACCACUGGACGUGGGCAAUAUCGUACAUCCUGACCUUACUGUAGAGGCUGGACAUUCUGUGGACUUGCAGAAGGCAGCUUCUUCUCCUCAGAAGCAUCCUGAGGUGACCCUUGCACAUCCAGACCAGGUGCACACACAGUACCCCAUCCUCACUCCCAGCACACUUCAAUUUUUGGACAUGGAGCAUUCCAUCACCCCACCACCUGCUACAGGAACUCAAAUUCCUUCAGUGAUGCAGCAGAGCUCCUCCAAGCCUCUAGAGCCAUCUAUGAAGGCUGGAGAUAAAUACACAAUGGCUCCUGAAAUGACAACUCUGACAUCACAGGUUGAUAAAGUUAAGGCUCCAACAUUCCCCAGUGGCGUGGUACCACAAAUUUAUAUGGGUCCUACCAUGAGGCCAAAAGCCAUUACAGAGGCUGAACAUUCUGUGGCCCUACAGGAGGUUACAGUUUCUCCUCUGAGGCUUCCUGAUGUGGAAAUCAAACAUUCAAAGCAGGUGCAGGCUCCGGGGCCAACUCUACUUCCUAUCGUCUUUCAGCCUGAGAACCUGGAACAGACUGUGUUGCCUCUACCUACUACAGGGACUCAACUCACCCAGAAUUUUUGGGGAAUCCCUUCUCAGCCUCCAGAGCCUUCCUUGAAGGCUGUAGAUCAAAAUAUGGUAUCACCUGCUAAAACAAAUCAAAUAUCACUGGGUCAGAGUCCAGCUCAGCCUCCACCAUUGACCAGUGGCAUUAUACAACCACCGGACAUGGUCCAUAUCACACAUCCUGACCUUACUGUAGAGGGUGGACAUUCUGUGGACUUGAAGAAGGCAGCUUCUUCUCCUCAGAAGCAUCCUGAGGUGACCCUUGCACAUCCAGACCAGGUGCACACACAGUACCCCAUCCUCACUCCCAGCACACUUCAAUUUUUGGACAUGGAGCAUUCCAUCACCCCACCACCUGCUACAGGAACUCAAAUUCCUUCAGUGAUGCAGCAGAGCUCCUCCAAGCCUCUAGAGCCAUCUAUGAAGGCUGGAGAUAAAUACACAAUGGCUCCUGAAAUGACAACUCUGACAUCACAGGUUGAUAAAGUUAAGGCUCCAACAUUCCCCAGUGGCGUGGUACCACAAAUUUAUAUGGGUCCUACCAUGAGGCCAAAAGCCAUUACAGAGGCUGAACAUUCUGUGGCCCUACAGGAGGUUACAGUUUCUCCUCUGAGGCUUCCUGAUGUGGAAAUCAAACAUUCAAAGCAGGUGCAGGCUCCGGGGCCAACUCUACUUCCUAUCGUCUUUCAGCCUGAGAACCUGGAACAGGCUGUGUUGCCUCUACCUACUACAGGGACUCAACUCACCCAGAAUUUUUGGGGAAUCCCUUCUCAGCCUCCAGAGCCAUCCUUGAAGGCUAUAGAUCAAAAUAUGGUAUCACCUGCUAAAGCAAAUCAAAUAUCACUGGGUCGGAGUCCAGCUCAGCCUCCACCAUUGACCAGUGGCAUGAUACAACCACUGGACAUGGUCCAUAUCACACAUCCUGACCUUACUGUAGAGGCUGGACAUUCUGUGGACUUGCAGAAGGCAGCUUCUUCUCCUCAGAAGCAUCCUGAGGUGAACCUUGCACAUCAAGGCCAGGUGCAUUCUCACCAUCAAAAUAUGGCUCCUGAGAUGGACACAGGUCGUUCCAUGACUCCACUACCUGCUAUGAGGACUAAAGCUUCCUCAGUGAUCCAGGAGAACCCCUCUCAGCCUCCAGAGGCAUCUAUGGAUGUUGUAGUUAAAAUUGCCAUACCACGUGAGAUGCCCAAUCCAACUUCACAAGGUCAGGAUCUAGCUCAGCCUCCAACAUCACCCAUUGGCACCAUCCAACCAUUGGGAGUAGUGCUUACCAAAAGUGCAGCACCCACUACAGAGGCUGAACAUUCUGUGGCCCUGCACAAGGCUUCUACUCCUGCUCUGAAGCAGCAUGGGUUGACAUCUUCACAUCCACACCUGACUCCCAUCACGGAUCAACCUUUGGAUGUGGAACAGAACACUAACCAUUAUUCUGCACAAAUGGUGCAGGAUGCCACCAGCACUAGCAACAUAUGUGAGCUCUGCACCUGUGACAAUGACACCCUGUCAUGUACGGGUCUCAACCCGAAGCAAAGGCUGCGCCAAGUACCCGUCGUAGAGGUCAACUCCUUCACAGUCUUGGAUUUCCAAGGAAACUCUAUUUAUAGUAUACAAAAAGGGGCAUGGAAAACCUACCGUUGGGCUGAGAAACUAAAUCUCAGUGAAAAUUACAUCACCGAACUACGUAAGGAUUCCUUUGAAGGCCUGCUAAACCUCCAGUAUUUAGAUUUAUCCUGCAAUAAAAUACAGUUUAUUGAAAGAGAAACAUUUGAAGCACUACCCUUUUUGAAGUUCUUAAAUCUUCGUUGCAAUUUACUCACAAAAGUGAGCUUUGGAACAUUUCAAGCAUGGCAUGGGAUGCAGUUUUUACACCAAGUAAUUCUCAAUAAUAAUCCUCUGACAACUAUCGAAGAUCCAUCACUUUUUACAUUAAAAGCAUUAAAUUAUCUGGACUUGGGACAGACGCAUGUGUCACUCACAGUACUGGAGAACAUCCUCACGAAGUCUCGUGAAUUGGAAAGACUGAUCUUACCAAGCAACAUGGUCUGCUGCCUCUGCCAGUUUAAAAAUGAUAUUGAAGUUGUCGACAAGACAGUCAAGCUGCACUGUGAUAGCACAUGUCUGACCAAUGCCAAGCAGUGUUUGGGAGACACAUCCAUAGGGAUCCCCCAAGGAUCCUUCAUGAAAGUGUUACAAGCCCGGAAGGGGAUCACCAGCACCCAGCUGAAUAUUGAAUCUGAGAAGUCAUCGUCAGAGGAAAGUGUGACCAACCCAGUGGGCUUUACAAAAGAGCAGCUCGAUAUGAAUGAUGAAAGUGACAUCAUCAGUGCACUAAACUACAUACUGUCUCACUCUGGCAAGGGAAAUCUGGAAGCUGUAGAGGCAAGAGUAUUACCAUUCAUUCAGGUGCUUUUUUCAAAGAUACAGGAGAGAGCUAAUCCCCUAGGUGACUUGAAAAAUCAUAUAAGAAACUCUUUUCAACCUGUACAAAAGUAUUCAACAUUACAAAAUCAACUGAAGAAGCUGUAUCUUCUUCAAAAAUUGUUUGACAUACGGGGAAAAAUAGAUACGGGGAAAAAGAAAGAGAAAACUGGCAUGCUUGUGCAGUCUAGCCUUUUUGGUCCCCAAAUGAGACACCAAAUCUCUCCCCCAAAAUUGGAAAAUGCUGAAGCACCAGAAAAUAUCUUGGCAGCAGUUGGGCAUGGAAUGAAAACACUUCAGAGAGUAAAGAGAGGAAGUGAAGGGAACACAAGAAAAGUGGCUUCUUCUUUACAAAGCAGUGUUCUUAUUUUAGAGCAUGCAAGCUACAGAGUUAAAAACAAUGUGGGCAAUAAGCCAAUCUUACAUUCUGGAAAUGCGUACCCCUUUCACGAAAUUCACUCUCGCAUGGCCCACAGAACACAUGAGAUCAAGCUCGGUGAAAGCCUGAGAAAGGAAAGCACACUACUGCUUGCAAAGAGGCCUCCAUUCCCAGCAGUGAGGAAUCUCGCCAGCCCCCCUGCCCAACAGGUGCUCUCACCUUCAAGAGACCUGAGUAGUCAGGAGAAUCCUGUGUCAGAAUUAUAUGUGCCUUUAGAGCCUUCAGUGGAAAGCACACCUGUAGAAAAACGUGAAAAAGAAGAUGGUUUGCAAGGAGUGAAUUUUCUAGCAAAACUUAGUGUGCUAGGUAAAACUAUGUCUAAAAAACCAACUCAGAAGGAUCCUCUGGCCAGAGACUGGGCUGCGACUACAUCGGACCCCACAUCAGCUGAGAGGCAGGCCAGGGAGGCACAAUGGCAACACCCCAACAUGGGGACUGACUCACCCCCCAGGGACUUCAUCUCCACACUGCUGUCGGCCCCAGGUGAUCCAUCAGAAAUCUACCUAAACCAGCAGCUGGGGUCCCUCAUCCCCAACAAUGACAUCAGAAGGCUGAUUUCUCAGGUCAUCUGGAACUUAAAAAUGGACUGCUCUGAGGCCCACAUGCAGCAGGCCUGUGUCAAGCUCAUCUCUAAGACGGGACUCCUGAUGAAGCUGCUCAGUGAGCAGCAAAAAGUCCAGGUGUUCAAGGCCACGUGGGAUACAGAGGAUCAGAAAAGUGAGGACACCACCAGAGAGAACACAGCAGAGGAGAGUGACCAGAAGGACCAGAAGUCAAGAGAGCUUAAAAAGGUUCCACAACGUUACUAUUACAAGCUGAUCUUGCCAUUAUCUUUGAUGGGCGGAAUGAUGACUUUGACGAUAAUUCUCUGCCUACUUCAGAUGCGUUGUUAUAGAAGAGCUUUAGCAGAUGCUGAAAAGGCCAUAAGCCGCUUUCCUCCAGAGUGGCCUGAACGCGUCAACACCGCAGAGCACGUGCAUGAGAGGUCUAUCGCUAGGGUCUUUAUGCCAUUUUGGAUAAGGGAACUAUACGGCCCCACCAGUGUCUGCCAAAUGAGAAAAGCGGCAGCCAAACUACGUGAUGAAUCCUCUGAUGAGGAUAAGAUUGUCACAAAGCAUGAAGUGAAGCUCUGUGAAGUCGUCAUAGAAGGAGGGCCCACCGAGUCGACCCUUGAUGAAGACACCACGGAGCUGGAAGAAGUCGUCGUUGAAUAAGCCCUUCCUGCUUCAGGAGGGAUCUUAGCUACUUAUUAAAAACUACUUAACACUUUGUAAAGUC